AUGCAGGCGAUUGCAAUUCCUGGCUAUCGCGGGCACAUAGCCGGAAAGGUUUCCGAGAACCUCCAUGGAGGCACGUUUGGGUCCGAGAAUCACCUGGCGACGCAGUCUCUACCUCUAAGGUCUAUGCGCAGGACAUGGUCGGAGCCCUUCCGAGUGGCGAACCACGAUCCCGCGCUGGGGACUGGCAAGGGCCUGGAGGUGCCAUCGCGAAUUCCAGGCUACGCCGGGACAAUUCCGGGCAAGCUGUCUGAGAUAGUGCAUGGUAUGCGCUUCGCAGAAGCGAGCGAGUCGGCGCAGGCGCUUCGGACCCACAAUCCGCAGGUGACCAGCGAUGGCUGGCUGAAGCGCGGGGUUUGGCCAGUAGACCGGAUGCACACGUACCAGUGGAAUAACCGCUUCGUACAGACCGGUGGCCAGGCCCUGUUCUCGCCGGCACAAGAUCUCGAGAGCCUCGAUCAAGUGGCUCAGGGUGCUUCUGACCUUGUGAGAGUCACCAUGCCAGCAGGAUUUCCUCGCAGACUGAUAGCCAUGUUUCACGCACCAUCUCCUCCAACUGCCGGUGGCUGGAGACAGCCAGGACACCCACCACCGAGCCCGUGGCCAGGGCAUGCAGGGCCUGGCGGCGCCGACGCCUGGGAUAGGAGGUUUGCACCACGACCACCUCCGAGCUGGAAGGCGCAUCACCAUCAUCAUCAUCAAGAUGGCGGUCUACCGUAUGGAGACCCAACAAGUCACUAUAAUGUAGAUGCGGAGGUGGGGCACAAGCUGCGAGAAGCAAUGCAAGAAGCUGCGGUACAGUAUGGCAGGCAGGCGCUUCAUACCGGGGCAAACCUCGCCAAGAAGGCGGCAGUAGCCAUCUAUGUGCAUGCGGAGGCCAGCGCGUGGACUGUGAAGGGCAUCGCCUUCACCGUCGCCGUCGCAAUGUUUGUGGUGUCCCUGCUCUCAAUCUUCAACGUCUUCUACGCAAUGGCACACCCGUUGUACUACGUCCUUGCCACGUACGACGUUUUCUUUGCCUUGAUCAUCGUCAUCAUGGAGGGCCCCUCCGAGAUGCAGUGCCAGCAUUGCGGCCUGUGGAACAAGCUACAGCACGGACUGUUUGGCUGGGCCGCAUUUCUGGCUUCGCGCACAGGCCGCGCUUUGUUUUACUUCUUCGUCGGGACGCUCAACAUGUUCAUGAUGCCGCAUGACUGGCUGUGGACGAUGAUCUACUUCGGACUGGGUGCAGGCUUGAGCUUUGUCGGCCUCUUAUCCCUCUUGGACCGAUACGGCUGCACGCGGAUUUGUUGCCCGGGCAUGCGCAACCACGUCAGUGGAGACCUGCACGAGAUGGACUUUGGUCGGUCCGACGACGACUCUCCUCCUCGAGGAGGCCCGCCUCGAGCGAUUGCAAACUACCCGCAUUACCCCAACUAUCCGGGCAGACUUCUCAGCAGAUGUGCGGCAGCCAUCAGCAUAUGCAAGAAGGGAUGUGACACCUUGAUCGGAGGAGAUGGAGCUAAGGAGAUGAUCUGGCAUGGGGCCACUGCCACAAGCUGCUGUGGACUCUGGGCCGAGGAUGAGCAAGAAGAUGGGCACCACGUUCGGCCUGCACCCGCCGCAGCCCAAUCCGCACAAACCUGGCCGGGCGACCGGUACAUUCACUCCAAGUUCGAGAAGAACAAGGAGGCGCGGCUGGACCCCUCCAAGGUGCCGGCAGCCGGGGCGUGGCCGACUGAGAACUGCUACAAGCAGAGAGUUCCACGGGCAUGUGCCUGCGUGCGCGAGGAUCUCUAA